AUGAUGAUCUAUGACAUGUGCCAUACAGAUUUUAGAAACGGAACACAAGGCCAGUCUCUUGUGAGGUUGGUGAAUGGUGUUGACUGCUCUGGACGAGUGGAGGUUUAUUAUGGUGGCGUUUGGGGAACGGUGUGUGAUGAUUACUGGGAUCUAACAGAUGCAACCGUGGUGUGUAGAGAGCUGGGCUGUGGAAAUGCUAAAGAGGCGAAGAUUUUUGCUUAUUUUGGACAAGGUUCAGGACCAAUUUGGAUGGAUAAUGUCAACUGUUUUGGCGGCGAGUCCUCACUGAUAAACUGUAGAAGGACAGGUUGGGGAGUACACGACUGUUUGCAUAGUGAAGACGCCGGAGUCAUCUGUGAAGCCUUUAUUAGGUUGAUGAGCGGUUUCAACUUCUGUUCUGGACGAGUGGAGAUGUAUUAUAAUGGUCAGUGGGGAACGGUGUGUGAUAAUGGCUGGGAUCUGUCGGAUGCUGCGGUGGUGUGUAGACAACUGGACUGUGGUGAUGUUGUAGAGGUGAAAGGUGGUGCUUAUUUUGGUCAAGGUUCUGGAAAAAUAUGGAUGGAUGCUGCACAGUGUAAUGGGAGUGAGGCUUCACUGUUGAGCUGUUCAUCAACAAAGUGGGACAUACAGAACUGUGACCAUUCAAAAGAUGCUGGAGUCGUCUGUACAUCUUCGGUCAGGCUGGUGAACGGCCCCGACUCUUGUUCUGGACGAGUGGAGGUUUAUCAUAACGGCAUAUGGGGAACCGUGUGUUCCGAUGACUGGGACUCUAUUGAUGCUGCAGUGGUGUGUAAAGAGCUGGGAUGUCCAUCCAAUGCUGAAGCCAAAACAUUGGCUUAUUUUGGACCUGGUUUGGAAUCGAUAUGGAUGGACGAUGUUCAGUGUACAGGGACCGAGUCUAUGCUAAAGCAGUGCAGGUCAAGUGGAUGGGGAAUACACAACUGUGCCCAUGAAAAUGAUGCUGGAGUCAUCUGUCGAGAUAUUAGACUGGUAAAUGGAGCUAACCAGUGUUCUGGAAGAGUGGAGGUUUUACAUGAUGGUCAGUGGGGAACGGUCUGUGAUGCUGGCUGGGAUUUAACAGACACUGGAGUCGUGUGUGAUAAUAUGGGAUGCGGAACUCCUGUAGAAGCUAAGACGGGAGCUUUCUUUGGACAGGGUUCAGGACCCGUGUGGCUGGAAGACGUGGAUUGUUACGGGAACGAGUCAAUAGUGAAACACUGUCCAUCCAAUGAAUUCAGAACAAGUACGUGCAGCCACGGACAAGACGCGGGAGUCAUGUGUCAAGAGGUAAAGCUGGUGAAUGGGACCGGUCCAUGUGAUGGAAGAGUUCAGUUGCUUUAUAAUGGUCAAUGGGGUGCUGUGUGUCACACUAGUUGGCGUCUGGAAGAUGCUACAAUUUUGUGUCGAGAGCUGGGCUGUGGUGAAAUUGUGGAAGCCACCUCCUUUGUGGGUCCAUUUGAUGAGCCGAUAUGGAUGGAUAAUGUGGCAUGUAGAGGAACUGAGGUGAAACUGCAGAGCUGUCCGUUUACCAGAGGGGGCGUGAGCAGUUGUGGGGACGGACUUUACGCAGGAGUUGUCUGCAACAAUGUUAGACUGGUAAAUGGAGACGACGUGUGUUCUGGGAGAGUGGAGGUUUUAUAUGAUGAUGAGUGGGGAACGAUCUGUGAUGCUGGCUGGGAUUUAAAAGAUGCCAAAGUGGUGUGUAAAAACUUGGGUUGUGGGACUCCUGUAGCAGCAAAAACCGGCGCUUAUUUCGGACCGGGUUCAGGACCCGUGUGGUUGGAGGAUAUGAGCUGUUCUGGACAUGAGACAACAGUGACACAAUGUCCAUCAAGUGAAAUAAGAACUAGCAUCUGUGAACACGGACAAGAUGCAGGAAUCAUCUGUCGAGAUAUAAAGCUGGUGGAUGGGACGAGUCCGUGUAACGGCAGACUUCAGGUUCUCCAUAAGGGGCACUGGGGGUCAGUGUGUAACACUGGUUGGGGUCAGGAAGAUGCGACAGUUUUGUGUCAAGAGCUGGACUGUGGUGAAGCUGAACAGACUAUGUCAUAUGUGGGUCCAUUUGCUGGGUCAAUAUGGAUGGAUAAUCUUGCGUGUACUGGAAAUGAGUCGACGCUGCAGGACUGUCCGUUUACCGGAUGGGCCGUGAGCAGUUGUGGGGACGGACUUUACGCUGGAGUUGCGUGCAACAAUCUUGUGAGAAGAGCCGUGAUACGGAUUUUGAUUACAGCUCAGAGUGAUGUCGAUUUCAAUGACCCAAAUAUUAAGAAGAAACUUAUGGACAAGAUAAGCCAAGCGGUUGGAAGUAAAGGGAAUUAUUUUGUUGACUGGAAAACACAGCGAGAUGGGAGAGUAUUCCACCCAAAGUAAACAACUACAGGUGCUUUUUGAAUGCAAGUCAGAAACAUACAACUUUUUUUGUGACCAAAAUGUUGUUAUUGUUUUAAAAUGUAUAAAAGGAUUUUAUUGUCACAUGUGGUAGGUAAAUCGUGCUUCAUGUAACGCAAAUAUUGUGAUGCCUGCACAUGUAUUACAGAACUUAGAAUCAGAAAGAUUACAUUUGGGUUGCAACUAUAAAUGAUGGAGUAAGAAUCCAGUGGGAUGUAAAAUAAUAAAGCAUAAAACUAAUUCAUUUAAAAAA